AUGACAUACAGCCCACCACAGCAAGCAGAGCAUAUCCGUCAUCAACAAUUGACACCAGAGUCGCCGCGCCCACAACAAAUUCCCUCGCCUGCGAACAUCCCCAUCCUGAGUCUUGAUAUGCAGAUGGACCCUGUCUUUGACGAGUCUGCCUACAACACCCAGAAUGCCACACCAGCUCUACAGUACCCGUCCGCCGCGUCGCAUACACUGAACGUCCCGUCGAACACCGCGCCGCAAUUCGCCGAUCAGUCGCAUGUAUCAGGCUUCCAAGAUGUAGGAGCGCAGUCCGCUGAGGGCUAUGCGCAAACGGGCGGGCCUUCAUCAGCAUACGGCGGCGCAACGGGUACGCAGACGCAAGAUACCUCUUCAAUCCACAACUAUUCUGCAUCGCACCAAACAGGCGCUUCGUCCAACCAUGAUGCGCAAGUUGCAUCCUCUCAGAACCAAUCUGCGUACCCAUUUGCCCAUAAUAAUGCGUACACCGCCCAGCCGGCUCCCGUCCAGUCUGCCCAAGGCGCUCACUAUCAGACUGAGGCCACUGCUGGCGGCAAUGUUGACGUACAAGCCUUGUUGGAUUCUUUGACGCCUUCUGCACACAAUGCGCCGUCCGGCCAAUAUGCUUCUCAGUUGUCAUCCCUGUCUGCCCAGCCGCAAGGCAGCGCCUCAGCUUCAUUACCUCAGCCGGCGUCCAACCUCCCUCCUCGACCACCUGCGCAAGAGAAGCCUGCCACGCACCCCAACUAUGACCCCAGCGAUGAUAUUAGGUCAUAUCAUCCCGGCAGCCAGAUGCCGUCUAACAUACAGCAGCGCGGCAAUGGGCAAUCGCAGGCUCCAAAUGUGGGAGUUCAGCAGUCAUCAGCGAUAUCACGACCAGCUCAGAGCUCACCUGCACCGGGCACUGGUCAGGCACAGGCUCAGCGGAGUGCAUCACCGGGCGACGACGAGGAUAUACGAUGGGGUCCGGAGGUGAACAGGCUGUAUGAAGCAUUUCUGGACCAGGAGAGGAAGUUUGUGACUGAAGGACAAUGGGAUCAAUUUCCAAUGGGCUCGCGUCUCUUCAUUGGCAACCUCCCUACUGAGAAAGUUACAAAGCGCGACAUCUUCCACCGAUUUUACCGACACGGCAAGCUUGCACAGAUCUCGAUCAAACAAGCGUAUGGCUUCGUUCAGUUCCUGGACUCCGAAUCAUGUCGACGAGCAUUGGACACAGAGCAGGGACAAGCAGUGCGUGGUAGAAAGAUGCAUCUAGAGAUCUCUAAGCCACAACGAAACACAAAGAAGGCACCGGAACCACAGAACACAAACGGAGGUCGUCGCCGCUCACGAUCGCCUGACUAUAGCCGAGGCGGCACAGGACCUUCUCGAGAUGGAAGAUAUGGUGGACCUCAUAACUCCAUAUCACCCAGGGAUCGAGAUAGACGUUUCUGCGACAGGGACGACUACCGACCCAUGCGCUCUCCUUCCCCUCGCGGCCCACCUCGAGGUAUGCGGUCAAGAGAUAGGAGUCGUGACAGAUAUGAUGGCCGGUAUCGUAGUCGAUCACGAACGCCUCCUCGUCGAUACAGGAGUCCAUCACCAAGGCGUGACACAGAUUACGACUUGGGUCUUCCUCGCAGGCCGCCGCACGAGGUACCUGAUAUCCAGGUCCUUGUACUCAGCGAAGGACUUCCUCGCGACUUCAUCCGAUAUGUUGAAGACACAUUCCGCACCCAAAACCUGCGUAUUAACGUCCUCAUCAUGAGCCCUCGUCUUCCUGAGGCAGCAGUCGUGCGGAGACAAAUCAUCGAAGGCGUUUUGGCCAUCGUGAGGCUUGACGCUGGCUCUCUUGCAAAAGGCAAGGUCAAUGUCCAAGUCUUCGACCGGCGCGGUGGUGCUGGCAACGUUCAAUUCAAUGAAUAUGCCGACCUCGACCUCCUCACAGCUGCUAUGCUCGUCAACAACGCAAAGCAGACCGCUCAAGCAGUCCAGCCACCUGCACCGGCGUAUGGUUAUAACCCGCCCCUGGCACAGUACACCCAAUCCGCCCCAAAUCCCUUCCCACCUGCCCCGGCCGCCCAGCCCAACAACAUCUCCAACAUUAUUUCCUCUCUCGACCCAAACACCCUCUCGCAACUGCUCGGCGCCAUGUCGCAACAGAACAAUAUGCCCCAGAACCCCCAGCCUGUACCUGGUAUAAACGCGGAUCUGGCACGCCUUCUUGCCCAAGUCUCUAGCCCUAGUCAGACUCCCGGUUUCACCUCUUCUGCUCAGUCACAGCUCCCACAACUCGGCCAACCCCAAUACUCGGCUCUCGCUGCCAUCCUCGGUGGUCAACCACAAACCGCCGCCCCACCUGUCCAAACACCGACACAACAACCCGGAGGUGCUCCUGAUAUGAACGAGAUUAUGGCACAGUUGGCCAAGUACCAGCGCUGA